AUGCUGGUGCUUACCAGCACAACAGGAAACCUCGGGUCUCGAGUUCUUGAUACAAUACUCCGCCAGCAUCUCAUAUCUCCGUCGGAGCUCAUCAUCUCAUCUACAAAGCCAGAAAAAGUGUCAGCCACUGCUCGCGAUGCUGGCAUCGAAAUUCGAAAGGGUGAUUACAAAUCUCCUGAUUCGCUAGCCUCAUCAUUCAAAGGGGCGGAUGCACUCUUCCUUGUAUCGUUUCCCUCAGCCAACGUGGAAAGAUGGCUCUUUCACAAAGCCGCAAUUGACGCUGCCAAGUCUGUUGGAAUCCAGACAAUCAUAUACACCAGUCUCAUGUUCGGUGGCGAGUCAGGGCUCGAGAGCAUUGCAGGGGUUCAGCAGGCGCACAUCAAGACGAUUGAAUACCUGAUGCAGAGUGGUCUUCAGUACGUGAUAGUGCGCGAAGGUAUUUAUGCCGAAUAUUGGUCGGUGUAUGCAGGUUUUCAGCCGAAAAAGUACAAGAAGGACGACUCCGACGAUAUCAGGUUUGUGAUUUCGAACGACGGUCCAGUCGCAUGGGUCACAACAGACGACUUGGCUGAGGGCAAUGCCAAAAUCCUGCAACGCUAUCAACAAUAUAUUGGCAAGACGCUGAACCUGACGGGGGCGCGAGCAAGCAGUGUGAGCGACAUUGCCAAGCUUGUCGAACGAUACACGGGGCGCAAAGUCAAGGUCGACAUCGUCGGCAGGGAAGAAGCGGAGCGAUACCACAAGUACGAGAAGAAGAGUUUGCCGGAGGAGAUGUUCUGGGUGAUUGAGAGCUGGUCGGGUUGGCAUGAUGCCAUGGCGAAUGGCGAGACCGCAAUAGUCGAUCCCUUGCUUGGUGAGCUCCUCGGCAGGCAGCCCAAUGGUGUUGAGGAAAUGGCCGAAACCUAUUUCACACCAGAGUAG